AUGGGCACCUCGGAGAGCAGAGUGAAGCCCUGUUCCCAGUGCAGCUUCACGACUCAGUUCGAGAGCGCGCUAUCCAUGCACCGUCAGCUGCACCACGACACACCUGACACCAAAGUGCAGGAGAAAUCAAACACGGUUCCUAGAAUGCACAUCACGCAGUCCGCCUCCUCUAGCAAAGAGAAUAAGGGAGCCAAGUUGGGAGGUCGCACGUCGUCCGCCACGCGUCUGUUCGACAAACUGCGCGCGCGCAUCUCACGCAGAAAUCUCCCCGCGCACCCGGAAGAGGGCGCUGAUACGACCAACAAUUUCAAUGAUAUAUCAGGCCAAAGCGAAUGCACAUCAAAAGCCAUGAAGGAGUUUGAGACAAGCGUGAGUGGCUUCGGAGUGAUAGAACCAGUAAGAGAGCAGAGGGAGAUCUUUUCCUGCCAUCUGUGCUCGUUUGAUUCAGAUAGAAUAACAGUCCUCGACAGACACCUACUGAACGACCACAAGAUUGGUCUAGACAACCUCCUGAAGUUAGUCUUGUCGAAAACUAAAGACGGUCUGUCAGAAGAUGGCCCAGCACAAAUCUACGGCAUAAGACAACCUUACUACAGACUGACAAACGAAAUAAUAGAAGACGGAGAGUUCGUUAUAGAAACAGUAACGCCUAAAAUCAAAAUACUCAAACACACAUCAACAAAUACAGAUAUCAAAAUGGCCGAUAUACCAAACUUAACAAACUGCCAGAACAUAUCAAAAGAAAUCGAAAAGUUGCUGGAUUUACCUUUAGAAAGUUCUGGCAAGAAUUUGCUUAUGCAGAAAAUACAAAAUCUGAACGAAUGUAUGUGCAAAUUUGUGGAUUCCACUAACACCAUAAAAAAAGUUCUGACGAAGGAGUUUGAUCAGAAAACGUCGGGGAAUAGGUCGAAUGACGCUCCGUAUUUUAAUUUAGGUUUGGGAGACCAAGAAAGUCCGAAACAAUGGGAGAGAGCACACAGCGAAAAUCUAGAUAGAAGCCGAAGCAAAUACAGAGAGAACAGGCAAGCCCGAUAUUCAGUACCUUGGCCUUGGUCGCCUAAAUCAGUAGUUGAACAGAAGCGAUAA